GUGUACAGGAGUAACUGACACAAUCUUCCAAGACUUUGAACCGGGCGGUCACACUCGGGACAAUAGUUGAAGAAUUUAUAAAUCGCGACGCAGCAGUUCUCUAAAAACCACACCAUGUCUUUUAAGUGUCUAAUUCUCACCGCCGUGGUGAUCACUGCUCAGUGUUCAGUGAUAAAAAUACAGGAGAUACCAAUAAGUGACGACAUGUUGAUGAAGAUCGUGAUCAAGGAAGGAUCGAGUGAUCAGAGCCAUAAAAUCGCGUCAAUCAAGAUUGAUUUGGAGAAGAUAGAACCAGAGGGACCACCUAAAUACACUAAAUAUGAUCCAGAACAACCGAUACACGACUCGCAACCGAGAUCUGAAGAUGAAGAGAUAAUUCCCCCGCCCAAUCACCCCGGACUACAUCUAGGUAACCCAUUAAGUGAAUCACCAAAACCUCAGGAAUCUAAAGAAGUGCCACCAAUAAUAAUUUCUGAAAGCAAAAUUGUUACUCCUACGACUAUAGUUACUGAAGACAGAGGAGAAGAAACGACGCCUAAAAAAGAAGUAGUUCCCAAUUUCGAAAACAGAUUUGGCAUAGGAACCGAUAUAUGUGGGAGUGGAAGAAUAAGAAAGGGUCGCUUUUGUAUUCCAGCUGGAAAAUAAACAGCAGAAGACUAGAUUGAAAAAUCUAUUGGGUGAAUAGAAGAAUUUGAAAAAAUAAUGAAAACUGGUAUUUUCAAAAGAAAAUAUAUGCUGUUAAAAAUAGGGUUUUCUAAUAAUAGUCUAGGCAAUGGCAAAUCAUUAUUUUUAACGAAUCAUAGAAAUGGGGUAUAAAGUUGUCAGGUUGAAUUUGACAAGAGCUUAUGUAUUCGCUAUUGUCAAACGAUCAACUGCUCUGUUGAAUUAUGAAUAGAUAAACUGCUGUCAAAAUUUAAAAAAAAAACAAGGGUGAGACUUGCAGUAAUACUCAAAGA